AUGCAAUUCUUGACCCACUCAAUUCUUUUGUUCCUUGCUGCUGCUGUUAUUGCUAAAAACAUCAUCUUGAGUAACGAUGAUGGCUGGGCCGCAACCAACAUUAGAGCCACUUACUACAAAUUGAAAGAAGCUGGCCACAAUGUGUUUUUGGUUGCACCUGUUUCGCAAAGAUCAGGAUACGGAGGUAAAUUUGAUGUUCCUUCUUCUUCAACUUUGCAAACUGAUGGUGAAUUCAAAUACCCACCUGCAGGUUCUCCAUCUUGGGGUCACGAAGAAGACGAUGAUCAUAUUUGGUAUUUCAAUGGUACUCCAGCUUCAUCAAUUGCUUUUGCGUUGCAAUAUGUCAUCAAAGAGAAAUUCAAUGGCACCUCCAUUGACUUGGUUGUUGCUGGACCAAAUGAAGGUACCAACAUGUCUCCAGGCAUGUUUACUUUGUCAGGAACUAUUGGUGCUACUUACAACUCCGUCUAUAGAGGAUACCCAGCUGUUGCUUUCAGUGGUUCCAACUCCAACAACUCAUUCUUUAAGGAUUCCUUGGACUUGAAUGAUACCAGCGAGCCAUCUACCAUUUACGCAAAUAAAGUGACUCAGUUUGUUGAGCAAUUAUUUCAAGGACAAGGAGACAAUAGCUCGAGAGUUUUGCCACUUGGUGUUGGUUUGAAUGUCAACUUCCCCAAAGUUGGUCACGAUGACGAGUCUUGUACUGAUCCAAAGUGGGUUCACACUAGGUUAUCUGGUGAAUACGCCAGUGGAUCUGAUUUGAAAUAUAACGCCGAGAAAAACUCAUUUGAAUCAACCCUGGGAAGUUGGGAAGCUCUUACUGUUUGCCACAACGGUAACUGUUCAUUGCCAUCAGAAAACUCAAUUGUUGACCACAGCAAAUGUGCUUCAGCGGUUUCGGUGUUUAGUAUUGAUUAUGAUGCCAACUUGGAUAUUACAAACAGAGUUGAAGGAGUAUUGGACCUGUUGUUUUAA